CGCCGCUCCCGCAAGCGCUGAGAUAGCUGGAGCCGGGGCCCCGCGGCCGCCUCCUCGGGCAGAAUGGAACAGCCUGGGCCCAGGGCUCCGGAUCCCUCUCUCUGCCACCACAACCUCCAGCCAAGUGACCCCAACUGGGAUUCCUAUGCUACCACUAUGAGGACUGCAUUCACGCCUAAAACAGGAGCAGUGCCUGCCUUAAUUCGCCAAAACGGUAUCAGAAGAUUAGGAUAUACAUAUUCACUUAGUGAUCCUAUUCUCAAUCAGACACAAUAUAGUGAUGAGUACACUUGGAAAUCACACUCUAAAGAAGAUUUGAUCAAAACUGAGACUUCAAGAGGAAUCAAGAGCCACAAAUCUCAUCUCAAUGAAGACAUUUUCCUGUGGACACUACCUCACUGUCAACAAACGGGGACACUAAACAACUGCCUCCCUUGGAAAAUCCCUGCUUCAAUGAAAGAAGUUAACAAGGCACUAUCAAAUCAGUUUAUUUCCCUUACUAAGAGAGACUUUGUGGACAGAUCAAAAGCUCAGAAGAGUAAGAAAAGUUCUCACUUGUCUCUGGAAUGGAAAAAGUUACUUCCCCAACCUCCAGACACUGAAUUCCGAAGGAAUUACCAAAUUCCAGCUAAAAUUCCUGAGCUUCAAGAUUUCAGUUUCAAAUAUGGAUGCUACUCAAGCUUGCCCAUUGCUUCUCAGGGUCUAGUGCCUUCUGUACUGCACAGCUACCUGAGGAACCAAAAGCACACGAAGAAACAGACCACAUACCAAAGUGACUAUGACAAAACCUACCCAGAUUUCUUAAUGCUUUUAAACUCAUUUACUUCCUCUCAAGUCAAAGAGUAUCUUCAGAGUCUUUCCUACAAAGAUAGACAAAUUAUUGAUCGCUUUAUUCGUACUCACUGUGACACUAACAAAAAGAAGAAAUGAAAAGGGAAAAUAGUACAAAUGAAGAAAAUCUGAAAAUCAAUGGAAGCACGAGGACAUUCCUAGUCAUUUUCUCAAUUAUCAAGGAAAAAUAAGAUGCAAAUAGCUUCAA